AUGGCUGAUCAUCCUCUUGUUCUGCAGAUACAUCCACCACUACCGCACCUUCAGCGCUCCUCGAGCACGGAGCUGGGUUCAGAACUAGCAAAUUCAUCAUCAACACCACCACCAGCAAACCCCAUGGCAACAAAUCCUGAACAGUUUGUGUUGCAAAUUGGACAAUCAUCAAGAGCGCCACCACAGCAUGAAGGUAUUUUAAACCUCAAGGUAGUUAAGCCAAUUUUGCUACACAUAAACUCCUUAACACCAUCACCAAACCCACCACCACCAAAGCCAGAAAACCAAAACCAUGAUCUCCCUGCACCAUCUGAUGAUCAGAAACAGCAACUUAAUGCUACAACACAGUCAAACCCAGCUGUUGAUAAAAUGAAGAUUAAUAAGAACCAAAAAUUAAGUACUGCAGGAAACCUUGCAAACCUUUUACCCACUGGCACAGUUCUUGCCUUCCAAGCCCUCACACCUUCUAUUUCCUACAACGGCCGAUGCCACACGUUCAACAAGUACCUUGUGGCACUUGUCAUACUAGCUUGUUCUGUCAUAUGUUUUGUGUCAUCCUUCACUGAUAGCCUGCCAUGGGAAGGCAAAGUUUAUUACGGCGUCGCCACAUCCGAGGGUCUUCGUGUUUUGAACGAUGACGAUCACGAGAUUGAUAAAAACGAGGACAUUCGGCAGGAGUUGAAGAAGUUGCGCGUCAAACCAAAAGACUUUAUUCAUGCGUUUGCGUCGGUGUUUGUGUUCUUGAUCUUUGCUUUUAGCAGCUCAGAAGUGCAAGGCUGCUACUUUCCUAAAUCAAGAGAGUUGGAGUAUUCACUCGUCAUAUAUUUACCUUUAGUGGUUGGCCUUUUCUCAAGUUUCUUGUUCUCCAUUUUUCCGACUAAACGCAGAGGGAUUGGCUGUGUAUGA